AUGCACAAGUAUUUAUCUGCUUCGGAAUCACUCGAGAUUGAUGUAGAAUUGAUGGGAGAAUCGUAUGGAUUUUCCACUGAUCAAUUGAUGGAACUUGCUGGAUUAUCGGUGAGUCAUGCUUGUGUGGAGGCUUUUCCAUUGAGUGGAUUGAAGAAUGGUGGAAAAUGUUUGAUUGUUUGUGGACCUGGAAAUAAUGGAGGUGAUGGUUUGGUAUGUGCCAGACAUUUGAAACAAUUUGGUUAUUCUCCAAUUGUUUUAUAUCCAAAGAAGGAGGCUGCACAAAAGGAUUUAUACAAGCGAUUGCUUUUACAAUGUACCCACUUUUCAAUUCCAAUUCAUUAUGAAACUAAUUCACCAUUAUUGGAAGAUUCUUCAUUCGAUUUCAUUGUUGAUGCAAUCUUUGGAUAUUCCUUCUCAGGAAAACAAGGAAUUAGAGAACCUUUCAAGACAGUUAUUGACACUUUAAAAAAGCCAGGAAAUAACACUCCAAUUCUUUCAAUUGAUCUACCAAGUGGAUGGGAUGUUGAUAAUGAAAAUAUUGAGGAAAAUUUACAGAUUGGAUUGAGAUGUGAUGUCAUUGUCUCAUUGCCAUCUCCAAAGAAGUGUGCCAUUCAUUUUAAGGGAAGACAUUUCAUUGGUGGACGAUUCAUGCCUCAAUCUCUAUUGGAUAAAUUACAAAUUGAUCUUCCACCUUAUGAAGGAACCAAAAUAAUCAUUGAAUUGCCAUCCAAAUUGUAA